CACGCACACACACACAUACGCACACCGAGCAAUACAGCAGAAGGCUGUGAAUGUGUAACAGUGAGGUGACAGAAGACGAUGGAGGCUUCUCCCUUUACAGCAGCAGCCUUUAAUUCAUCGGAAUCACUAUGAUGCAGUCUGCCAUUGCGCUGCCUCCAGGCUUUCCUCCAAAUAACUGUAUAUAUUUAACUUUGGGAACAGCUCUUUAUUUGUGAAUCGUUUUUCUUGUGUUGUGGUUUUUUUUUCUUUUUGGAUCGAACGCUGCUCAGCUUUUCAUGUGGAAUGGUAUCCUCUGUGCCAAACCUGGAGGUUUUGUGAGAUUUUAGCAUUCUGUAUUGGGAAAAAAGGCUGAUGAACUGAAUCAGACCAACCAUCUGUUUGGAAAUGUUCUGAAGUAAACAUUGACUAAAACUGACCUUGGCAAUGGUAAAAACUUAAGACAAUCUUCGUAAAAGCACUCUGGUCCAGAGCCUUUACAUAGAUGAAUACAAGACGUUUUUCAUAUUAAAAGACUACGGAGUGCUUUGGUAAAUCAUGGCCUUUGCGAGUUGCAUUUGGCUAUUUGUGUUGGCUUACACAAUGCGUAGGGCAUUUGGAAUACAAGCAGUGAAAGUACCAGAUGAUUCUUACUGCCACAAAGCUGAACACCCCACUAUCACUUACAAGGAAAUUGCUCCCUGGCUAAACAUGUUCAGAAUGGAAAAUGCUGUGGACUUUUCACAAUUAUCAUUUGGCUCUGGGCACAAAGAACUUGUUGUUGGAGCAAGAAAUCACCUUUUCCGGUUGUGUCUAGAGGACCUGUCGCUAAUCCAGAUGGUAGAAUGGGAUUGUGAUGAAACAACCAAAACCGCAUGCUACAGCAAAGGGAAAACUAAGGACGAAUGCCAAAAUUACAUCCGUGUCUUGCUUGUCAGCGGGGAUCAUCUAUUUACUUGUGGAACAAAUGCAUUUACACCUAUAUGCACAAACAGAACGCUUAGCAAUCUAACAGAAAUACACGAUCAGAUUAGUGGCAUGGCCCGUUGCCCGUAUAGCCCUCAACAUAAUUCUACUGCCUUGCUUACCUCCAAUGGAGAAUUAUAUGCAGCAACUGCAAUGGAUUUUCCUGGAAGAGAUCCUGCAAUCUAUCGUAGCCUUGGAGGUCUUCCACCCUUACGCACGGCUCAGUACAAUUCUAAAUGGCUUAAUGAGCCAAAUUUUGUGUCAUCGUAUGUUAUUGGAAACUUCACAUACUUCUUUUUUCGAGAAAAUGCUGUAGAACAUGAUUGUGGAAAGACAGUAUUCUCCAGAGCCGCGCGCGUGUGUAAAAAUGACAUUGGAGGGAGGUUUCUAUUAGAAGACACAUGGACAACUUUCAUGAAGGCUCGAAUGAACUGCUCUCGGCCAGGAGAGAUCCCAUUUUAUUACAAUGAACUCCAAAGUACCUUUUUCCUGCCUGAACUUGAUCUGAUAUAUGGCAUCUUUACCACUAAUGUAAAUAGCAUCGCUGCUUCAGCUGUCUGCGUCUUCAACGUAAGCGCUAUAACCCAGACUUUCAGUGGACCGUUUAAAUAUCAGGAAAAUGCUCGUUCUGCUUGGCUACCCUAUCCUAAUCCCAAUCCAAAUUUCCAGUGUGGUACAGUGGAUCAAGGAUUGUAUGUUAAUCUGACUGAAAGAAACCUCCAGGAUGCCCAGAAAUAUAUUUUAAUGCAUGACGUGGUGCAGCCAGUUAAUAAAAUACCAUACUUCAUGGAGGAUAACAGCCGAUUUACUCAUCUUGUGGUAGAUGUUGUGCAAGGGAAGGAAAUGGUGUACCAUAUAAUAUACCUGGCAACAGAUUAUGGAACAAUUAAAAAAGUCCUGGCUCCAAUAAAUCAAAACACUAGUAGUUGUCUUUUGGAAGAAAUUGAACUUUUACCAAAGGGACAAAUAGAGCCAAUCCGAAGACUGAAGAUCCUUCACAGCCAAAGUGUACUAUUUGUGGGAUUGUAUGGUCAUGUUAUAAAGAUCCCUUUGAAAAGAUGUCUUUUCUACAAAAGCCGCAGUGCCUGCAUUGGAGCUCAAGAUCCAUAUUGUGGCUGGGACAUGGUUACAAAGAAAUGCACAACGCUUGAUGAAAGCAUGAGUAUGAGCCAGUGGGAGCAAAGAAUCACAGCUUGUCCAUCAAAAAAUCUCACUGUUGAUGGAAGUUAUAGUGCUUGGACAGAAUGGAGUGGCUGCAGUUACAAUGAUGGGAAUUCAGUAGGUAACUGUCUGUGUCGAAGUCGCACAUGCAAUCAUCCCAGCCCUCAAUGUGGAGGUCUGCCAUGCGAGGGACCUGCUAUAGAAAUUUCCAACUGUUCAAGGAAUGGAGGAUGGACCCCAUGGUCAUCAUGGUCUAUCUGCAGCACCAGUUGUGGAAUAGGAUUUCAAGUUCGGCAGCGUUCCUGCAGUAACCCCACUCCUAAACAUGGAGGUCGUGUAUGUGUUGGACAAAACCGUGAAGAACGAUAUUGCAAUGAACAUUUACCUUGUCCUCCACGUGUAUUUUGGUCAAGCUGGGGACCAUGGGAGCGGUGCACUGCACAGUGUGGAGGAGGGAUUCAGGCCCGCCGAAGAACUUGUGAAAAUGGAUAUGAAUGUCCUGGCUGUGCUGUUGAACAUCAAGUCUGUAAUACAAAUCUGUGUCCUGAAGUAAAAAAGACGACUCCUUGGACACCAUGGACACCAGUUAACAUAUCUGAUAAUGGUGGCCACUAUGAACAGCGCUUCAGGUAUACAUGUAAGACUCGUCUUCCUGACCCAAAUAUGCUUGAUGUUGGAAGACAAAGAAUAGAAAUGAGAUAUUGCUCCAGUGAUGGGACCAGUGGUUGCUCUACUGAUGGACUCUCUGGAGACUUUCUUCGUUCUGGACGUUAUACAAGUCACACAAUCAAUGGUGCAUGGUCUGCUUGGACUUCAUGGUCUCAAUGUAGUCGCGAUUGCAACAGAGGCAUUAGGAGCAGAAAACGAGCCUGCAAUAACCCAGAGCCAAAGAAUGGAGGACUUCCAUGCUUAGGUACCCCAGUUGAAUAUCAAGAAUGCAAUAUGUUACCCUGCCCAGUUGAUGGUGGAUGGUCUUGUUGGUCAUCUUGGUCUAAGUGCUCAGCAACUUGUGGAGGUGGACAUUAUAUGAGAACUCGUUCAUGUACAAAUCCAGCUCCAAGUUUUGGUGGCGAUAUAUGCCUUGGACUUCAUACUGAAGAGGCACUUUGCAAUACACUCGCUUGUCCAGAAAGUUGGUCUAACUGGUCCGAUUGGUCUGAAUGUGAUUCUUCUGGCCAGCAAGUUCGCCUACGUCAAUGUAAUAUCCCUUUUCCUCUUGGCAACCAGUGUUCUGGAAAUAACACAGAAAUAAGAAUUUGCAUUUCUGAAUCAAACUUUAUCCCAGAAAUAUCAGUUGCAAGAUCCCAUAGUAUAGAAGGAAGACAAUGUGGCGAAUUUAACUUGUUCCAUAUGAUUGCAGUGGGCCUAAGCAGUUUCAUAUUUGGUUGCUUGCUCACGUUGCUUAUUUAUACUUACUGCCAACGGUACCAGCAACAAGCUCAUGAUGCAACAGUCAUCCACCCUGUGUCUUCAGCCCCACUCAAUACCAGCAUAACUAACCAUAUUAAUAAACUGGACAAGUAUGAUUCAGUUGAAGUAAUAAAGGCAUUAAACAAAAACAAUCUCAUAUUGGAAGAGAGGAAUAAAUAUUUCAAUCCACAUCUCACAGCAAAAACCUACUCCAAUGCUUACUUUACAGAUUUCACUCAUUACGAUGAGUACUGAUACUGUUGGGGAAAUCUGCCAACAUUUCACUUUUAUCCAGUGCCUGCACUUAGCGACUGGCUAAGCGUUUAGGUUCCAGUCAUGAAACUCUUUAUACUUUUCAAGUUUAUUCCAGCAAUGGAUGACGGUUUUGGAACAAUGAUGCAGUACUUUGUUUACCCAGGCUUGAUGGUGUUGAAGUUCCAUGUGGACCUGACAAUAUACCUUAAUAUAGCAACAUUUUUUUUUUGAAAUCAGAAUGUCCAUCUUGUUCAUAUCACUCAACCACCAUGUUAAUCUGUUGUAAUUAAUUGAACAAUUAAUAUCCCACAUUGUAUAAGUUGAUGCACAUUAGUAAUUAUAUUGUGAUGUAUAAAUAGUUAAAUAAAUCUUCUACACACGUUAAUAAAUUAAACCCCAGACUUUCAUAUGGAUACUGUAGCACUAAAAUAGCAAUGCAUAAAAUUUGUUUCACAGCUCAUUAGAAUGGCAGCUAUGGAAUAGGUAAGUGUUAAAAGGAAGCAAAAUAGAAUCAGCUAUUUUUACUUUGACAGACUAUAGAGAGCAUAGAGGUUACAGUUUUAAAAAUAUGAAUGCCCUUUAACUUGCAUUACUGUAGAGUUUUUGUGUAUAUGAAGCAUAAAUUAUCAUAUGUAGCAUUUUGCAAAGGUGUAGUAUAAAGAUGCUUCUGUAACUAGGUGGUGCAUUUGACUACAUAUUUUCACAUUGCAGUGCCUUCUUUUACUUGUGUGUGCAAAAAUGACCUCAAAAAAUAAAUGGCAAUGUUUUUUUUUUCUGUUUUAAGACUUUUGCAUUGUUUUGUCAAACUAAGUAAAUCAUCUACCCAGUGUAUUUUAAUUACAUUUACGUGAGGUGUGUUAUUUUUUAAUAUAU